CCGGCCACCGCCUCCCGCGAGGCCGCGUCUUGUCUCCCUUGUUCGUCUGAGAUCGAUUCGUUCUGGCUCUUUGGCAGCUACCUCCGCCGCGGUCCUCCGUGUGGCGAGGGAAAGCUCUCGUUGUCCUUGCCACUUCCACGCGUCGAGUCGCCGCCAAGAACUCCACCGGAACCACUUUGUUUUUCAAAACAUCAUCGUGAUCGGUUUGGAUGUCGUUUCUUCAUAUAUCCAUUGUUGGUUAGGGUUCAAAGGACAAGGUUGCCUGAAUUGAAUAUCUUUGCACACAAGGAACACUGCUUGCACAGGAGCAAUUAGCAACUCCUGAUCGAAUCCGACGAAGGGGGUUGAACACAGAAGCACCUUCCGAUCUCCGUCGCCGCGUGGAGAGAUGCAGCAGAAGCGAAAGAAGACGCGGGGUAACCCCGCCGGAGAGAAGAAGCAAACAAAAACUGACACGUCGUCGCCGCCGAAAAGAACAAGCACUCUGCAACUCAGAGCAAGAACAAGCUCCCGCUGUUCGGACCGGAGUACCGGUCGUCCCAAAGAUCCUCCUGACCAUGGCAACGCUGCUGCUAUCCAGGAACAGAAACAAGAAUAUGCCGCAACACAGGUACUAGAUGAAGAUGUGGGCGACAUAAUCCAGAAGCUGAGCGAACUGGGCUUGGGAGAAGACAUCGACUUUGAGAAGUACUAUGGAUACUUGCAGCAGCUGCCUGCCGACCCCCGUGUUGACACUUCCACUGAACUGGACUUUGAGGAUCACUUUGACAUGGACCUCCGCCAUGCGGUGUAUCGCAUAAGAUCCUACAAGUUGUUAAAAGAGGAGUCCAAGAAUGAGUUGUGCUGUGAUGAACUGAAAGAGUGCCCUAUGGAGCUGCUUGACAGGGACGAAUUUCCUACAGAUUUCCUCGUGAAGAUGCGAUAUUUUAGCUUCUUCGAUAAAGAAGGCGUAUUAGACUGGUUCUUCGAUCCUGAUCUCUGCAAGCUUGCUGGCCUGGAUGACUACCAGCGUCUAGUCCCACGGAGGCAUGAUGCUUAUGAGUACGCUGGUUGGGUCGUGUACCGUAGUUACCUCCAUAGCUAUGAGAUGCAAGAUGAAUACAUCAAGUACUUUGAAACAUUAUUAAGGGAACUUAAGUGGUUGAAAGAUUGUCUACCGAGCAGGUUUUCAUCUCUUACUGUAAGCAAGAUACGCACAAGCGGAAUUUAUCAAGCAACUAAGAUCGCCACUCGCUUUUCCAAGAUCACAACUCAUUUAGCUCGUAUUGCCUUCCGUGUCCGUAGGUGUCUAUUUUGAGAUUUGGAAGAGGGUCACUCAACAAAAGAAGAGUUUCAGAGAUGCUUUGAAGGAAGUUUGUAAACUAAACAAGUGUCCAUCACUGCAAGAUAGUAUGAAAUAUGCCAUAGAGAAUGACUGUUCCGUGAUGGAAACGGCAUUUCUUCGUUGCACGGUAGGGUCAGGCGUUACCAAGGAAGUAUCAGAGGAUAAAGCUCAAGAGUUGAUUGCAGAGGCAGUUAAAAAACUGAGGAUAAAACCCAAAUUCUAUGAUGGGUAUAUCAGAAAGAAGAUAAACAUUGCCAAACUUAUAGGAAUGGUCACUGUGGACUGAAAAGACAUAAUACAUCUGGCUUUUCAUGGUUGGAGCUGCCAUUUAUUCAAGAUGUAUUUCUUGGAUUUCCUGUACUUUUGCUGCGGCAAUGAACAAAUGAACUAGACCAGACUUAAAGCUCUUACCAAGUACAGUAGCAUAAUACUGGUAGUCUACUAGAUGGAUGGUUUGUUCCGGGUCUACUAGUACCGAAAGAAAGUGGAAAAUGCUUGUAUUGAAUUGUUGCCAUUAAGGGUUUAGGUUUAUCAGAGGGC